AUGGACAGUCCAAUCUUUCGUCAAUGGCUAGAAUGGGAGGCUCGAGUGCAGGAAUGGUUAAAUCAAUCAGAAGACUGCGUAGAAUUUAUGGGCACAACGCCAGUUGAUCGAUUAAUGUUAACUAUUCUGACCGUGAAAUACCAUAUUUUGUAUCGUGAUAUGGAUGAAGAAAAUCGAUCGGCGACUGCGAAUCAUGGAGCUGAGCGCAUAGCUACCAUUAGACUUUUCAAGACCAAACCAACUGAUGUGAACGAGAAGGACGAACGUCAUCGAGACAGAGAGAAGAUAUUCGAUAAUCUCACGGGACGUUUACUUACUCCGCAACAGGUUAUCACUGAAACAUCCGUUGAAUGGCAAGAAUUUAACGAACUAUGCGACUGGCACGGUAUCGCAUUUGUAGAGCGAUUUCGAUACUCUCUGCAUCAAUUUAUAUCGGACCUGAUAUCUACAAAUGCAUUGUAUCAAGAAUUGAUUAGAAAACCACGUGCAGUUUCUCCAGUAAAGGAAAUCAACAAUGAAGUUUACAAUGCGAAAAAGGAAGGUGUAGCUUUCAUUAGUGUUGACAUCAAAUCAGCCAAUUUUGGUAUGCUUCAAUACAUUGGCGCUAUAGAUCCUCAAAUCUAUCCGACCUGGUCUGACUUUUUGCUUCCGUUUGUUGGAGCAAAGAAGUUGUUUGUUGAAAACAAAAAGUUACGUCAGUUUUGCCUAGGAAAGCUACCACAAUAUUAUAAACUAGAGGCUCUAUGGAAACAAUAUACCGGAACUAUUUAUCGCACGGUACUCUGCAAUUGUUUCGAUGAAAAAGAGGUCGACUUACGAUGCGUGGCCCUAUCUGGUGAUGAGAUCGUUUUUCAACUUGAUCCGUCCAUGAAAAACAACGACGUGAUUGAUUUCGUCGACUAUAUUCGAAACCGACUAGUUAAAGAAAGUCCUAUAGUCAAAUUUUCCGUUCAGGCAUACCGUAUACAAGCGUUCCAUUGGAGAGAAAAGCAUUUAUGUUUCGCCCGUAUGUUUAUUGGGGAAAGUGAAAAACAGUUCGAUUUAAAAUGUGUGCCCGAUAGAUCAAAAAAUUACGAAACAGCUUAUCAAGAUUUUUGUUCGCUUCUCAACGAUUCAUGA